AGUGUUGUUUGUGCAAAGUUAAUUCACUUUAUCACUGUUUUUCUAGUGUUUUUCCUAACAGUUCUCCAUAUUACAUUUAUCCGGCGUACAUUUUCUGCGCCGUUUAUUCUCCUCAACCAGUUGAUUGUUAUAAGUUUGUUCGGUAGUGUCUGUGUUGAGAAUUUAAUUAACAUUUCGUUCGGAAUGUUUUUUGGCUGUUAGACGAACGUCUCUGUGUGUCAGUGUUAGUAUAUUAUAUUGGUGUUAUAUAUUUAAUGUGUAGAGAAACAUAAAAUCAUCGAGAGAACGCGAACGACAACUUCCAAGACAUGCCUCGUUUAAUCGUGGAAUAAUUAAGAUUAGCGCGUUAUGCUAGGACCCACGGGCUUGCCGGUGAGCUCGCGCACAUCCAUGUGGCCUCCGCUCUUGCCGGCGGUUCAGGCCGCCAAGAUGACAGGCGCCGAUACGCUUCUCACAGCUUCUGACGACAUCGCCAGAUAUGGGGUGUACUCGUUGUUCCCGAGCAGCGGCGCCCCCCAGCUGUGCCAGCCUAGAUUCGCUUCUGCAUCUGCGGGAGCCUUUCAUCCUACGCACAAGGUUCAAUCCUUGUCAAUAUCUGACUCUCUCUUCGGCGGUUAUUCGUUUGGCGGUGCACCAACACCGCCGCCCGGUUCGCCGUACUCUCCUCUGCGAUUGGAACUUUUGUCGAAAACUCUGAGUUCGUCGACAACUUCUUCUUGCAUUACGACCGCCGCGGCGGCCGCCAAUGACACGGCCUGUUGGAUGGAGCCGCUUCAAGUCAAAACAGAAAUACCGGGAUGCAGUAGGACAACUCCGGCACAUACUGCCCUUUUGCAGGUCGGUGAGAUAAAGGUGAAACGCGAACCACAGGCCACACCUUGCCAGGUCUCGGAAAUCAGCACCUCCCAUCAUAAUCAACAUCAUGCAAACGGUGGAGGUCCGGCCGAUGCAUCUCUCGCGACCGCCUUGGUUAAAAUGGAGGCUAACACAUCGCCUAAAUCCUCGGACCAAGGAGUAUCCUCGAUCCCUGUGGGUAUUGCGGUCGCAAGGCAACGGCUCAACCAAGAGGUGCCACUGGCACUGGCGCCAGGCACUCAGAUCAUAGGGGCCACAUCGACUAAGGAAACGAGGUGCAGCGAAAUUGGUUUACGAGAUCCUUCAGGUUUAAUUCCUUUGGGAGCUGACACCAUAAUAGGGACAUCCGUGCCAUCAGUUUGGCCUGUUAGCACGACGCAGACUUCACUAGGACCUCCAACACUUUGGCAGUAUCCUGGUGAGUAA